GCCUCUCCCUGUGCAUGCAGACAUCACGGCAAUGCUGAGCACGGACCUCCUGCAACAGCCUCUGGCCACCAUGGGAGCAGCAUAAGGGAUUUGGUGAGCUGAGGGUACCCCACAGCUGUGCAUCCCCUCAGCAUACAUUCCCCAUCCCUGUGCAAGGAAGUCUUGCAAUUUCAAGCUGUUUUUUCCCCUUUUCCCAUUGUCCUCUCAGGCUACACAGGAAACAGGAGAACGGCUAUUUCCUUGUUUCUUUUGUUCAGUUGAUCCCUUAGCCAUUCCCAGUGGAGAGCUUCCCACAGUCCAGAAAGCCCCUAUAGACCCAACACCCCAAGGUUCACUGACCAAACUUUACCUUUUCCAUUUCCUGGUUAAUCAUUCUCCCUUGCACGUUCCACAGAUGACAGCUUUGCAGGGGUCAGCUUCAGACUGAACUAUUUGAACUAUUUGCUGACCCGAGACAGUGGUGCUGAGAGGAGGGACGGGUCUGGGGAGGCAGGAAGGGUCUCCUGCUCCUGCCUUGCUUUGCUUUCUCACUCCAUCCCUGGAGACCCGAAGGCCACAUCAUGAUCCAGCAGCAGCUGAGACAGCUCCUGCCAGAGAGGAAGGUGGAUACUUCUGCUGCCCUCACGCUGCUUGGCGGGUCAGUGGCAGCUGUGGUGGUCUGGAAAUGGCUGGGCAAAAAGAUGAUCCAGAAGAAAAUGGAAGAAGCUCGGAAAACCCGGGAUGAGGGUCUGAAGAAAAUGGCAAAGGCUGUCCAGCAGUUCAGGGAGCAGGUCCCCAGUGUCCAGACAGAUGCCAUCCUUUGCCUGCCUCUGCUGGGACUCACUGAAAGACUCCAGGAAGGGUCUCUGUCUCCCAAGACUGUCCUCUACACCUACCUAGAGAAGGCUCUGGAAGUGAACCAACAGACAAAUUGCUUGCGACAUUUUAUCCCAGAGUGUGAGGAGCAGCUCCAGGAAAUACAACGGCAGAAGGAGAAAGGGCUGCUCUAUGGCAUCCCCGUCAGCAUCAAGGAUCACAUCGGACACAAGGGGCAUCUGUCAACUUGUGGGCUUGUGCAAUGCCUGGAUACUCCAAUGAAGGAGGACAGUGUCCUGGUCAAAGUUCUGAAGAGACAAGGGGCCAUCCCAUUUGCAAUGACCAACGUGCCACAAUCCCUCUUCAGCUAUGACUGCAGCAAUCCCAUCUUUGGCCAGACCUUGAACCCCUUGAACCACCAGAAGAGCCCUGGGGGCUCCUCGGGAGGGGAGGGAGCCCUCAUCGCAGGGGGAGGCUCCAUCCUGGGCAUCGGCUCGGACAUGGGGGGCAGCAUCCGCCUGCCCUCCAGCUUCUGUGGGCUGUGUGGGCUCAAACCCACGGCAGAAAGGCUCAGCCUGUCUGGAGUGACUGGCCCUGUCAAUGGGAUCCUGGCAGUUCCUUGUGCUCUGGGGCCGAUGGCGAGGGACGUGGACAGCCUGGCCCUGUGCAUGAGGGCGCUGCUCUGCGAGGAGAUGUUCCGGCUGGACCCCAGCGUGCCCCCCAUCCCCUUCAACGAGGAGGUGUACUGCAGCUGCACUCCCCUGAGGGUCGGGUACUACGACACCGAUGGCUACUGCCCGCUGCCCCCCUGCAUGCGGCGGGCGGUGAAGGAAACCAGGAGUGCCCUGCAGGCAGCCGGGCACCAGCUGGUGCCCUUUUCUCCACCUCGGAUCCCCUAUGUCAUGACUGAACUGUUUUUGAAGACGUUUUUUGCCGAUGGAGGCCGCGCUUGGUUGGAUGUGUUCACAGGAAAUAUCGUAGACCCAAGCUUGAAAUCACAGGUGAAUUCCUGCAAGAUCCCAAGGCUGGUAAAGAAGAUGCUGGCUCUGCUUCUUAAACCUCUGUUUCCCCGCCUGGCUGACUAUCUGAAUGCCCUCAGUGGAAUGAGGUCAGUGAAGGAGAUGUGGAAUCAUCACCAUCAAAUUCAGGUGUACCGCUCCGAGUUCAUCACCCAGUGGAAGGAACUCCAUCUGGACGUUGUGCUGUGCCCUGUCCUGGGGCCUGCCUUCACCACGGGAUAUGCCGGGAAACUCAUUGGUGGCAUCUCCUCCACGAUGCUGUACAACCUCUUGAACUUCCCUGCUGGGGUUGUACCCGUCAGCACAGUGACAGAAGCGGAUGAGGAAGAGCUGAAGCUUUACCAAGGAUGCUGUGAUGACCCCUGGGACAGGAAGCUGAAACAGGCUGCGUCAGGAGCCGUGGGGAUGCCCGUGGCAGUGCAGUGUGUGGCCUUGCCGUGGCAGGAGGAGCUUUGCCUGCGGUUCAUGAAGGAGGUGGAGACCCUCAGCCGUGAGAAGAGAGGGGCAUAGCCCCCAUGGUCCCCUCAGGGCCAAAGGGACAGCACUGCACGACUGCCGUUGGCAGUGCAGAGACUACAAAGAGGAGGGAAGGAGGAAGGAAACACCAUUUCCUGACCUCUCUCCUUGCCAAUAAGGAACCAGGAUGCCAUGCAGACAGCAGGACUGGCUUAAGCUGGGUUCAAAUGAUGAUAAAUCUAUGCACUGCACCUUCCUGCAAGGAUGGACAUGGGUGAGUUUUCACCCCUUCACCCCCAUUUCCAUCGAUGCUGCCCCUUGCAGAAGCAGGGUGGUGCUGAGAGAAACGGGUUACAAAAUCUCAAUAAUACUUUCUUGUUGGCACUGGAGUAACUUCAUAUGGGCUGCCCUGUGAGGGAUACAGCCAUGUCCACCCUGUCCAUCACUGUAUUUUGCUCACAGAAAUAAAAAUGUAGCUAUUAAGCAACUCUUCUCAUAAACUCCAGUAAUCAUUCACUGAUGGCUAUGGUUCUAUAACUAGUUACUAUUCGGAAUCAUACAAACACCUGCCCCCUGGACAUUAAAAGGCAUCUUGCACAGGAGCAUUCACACUUUCCCACAGCCUUCCUGUCUGUGAAGGAUAGCAGCAGUCACUGGCCUUUCCACAGCACCAAAUCUCCAGCAUCACAAACAUAUUUUCAGCCUCACAGGAGGGGCAUUCUUAGGAACCUCUGAUUUCAGGACCUCAGGCUGCUCUUUCUGAAGGCAGGAGAUAAGCAGAGACAGAUGCAACUCAUUUAUGCAGAUGGUGAGAUCUGGGACAAAGACUGAGAUCCCCAGAUGGUGUUUGUUAACCCAAACCUGCUCAUGUAGGAUCAAAGCAGUCAGACAGGAGGGAGAAAGCAGCACCCACACAGGGCCAUUUAUCCUG